UUCCACUUAAUUUUUCUUUCUUUCUGUAUAAAUUCAAACUCCGAUGAGCAUUUGUCACCAAGCAGCAUAUAAAAAUGUUUGGAACCUUAUCGGAAGAGACAGAAGUGAAGGUGCCGGCAAGCAAAGCCUGGAAGCUCUACGGCACCCUCGAGCUCGCAAAGGUGGCCGCCGGAAAAGUUCUUGAGGCGAUUGAUGUUGUUGAAGGCGACGGUGGCGUUGGGACGAUUCUCAAGGUCACUGUAAAACGCGGGUCAGACACCAAGUAUUACAAAGAGAAAUUUACGAAAAUCGAUAACCAGAACAUGGUUAAGGAGGGUGAAGUGGUGGAAGGAGCAUUUCUGGAUAUGGGAUUUACUUUUUACAGGAUCAAGAUCGAGAUCAAAGAGAAUCCAAAUGAUGACACAGGUUUGUCUUGUCUUGUAAAAUUGUCGGUUGAAUACGAGGUUAAAGAAGAGGCUGCUGCUAAUGCUUGUGUUGUCACCAAUGAGCCUCUUCUCGCCAUUAUGAGUGUUGCAAACGAGCAUCUCUUGAAAUCCAGUUGACGCGAGAGAUGUUGAUGAAUACGUUGCUUUUUCUAUCAAAUUUGGUACGUUUGAAGUGAUCCUACAAGUUUUUGAUUUGUUGAAUAAAGACUUUGUUAAAAGUUACAGUAGAUUAGUGUUUUAUUCUCGGUUCAUACGAUACAAGAACAAUCAUAGAGUGGUGCUGUG